CUGUCCUUCCUCUUUUAUGUCAGCAGCAGGCGAGCAGCAUCAAGCGAGCGACGAGGGCAGCUUCCCUUUCUCCCCCCACUUCCCAAUCACUCAAUCCGCCUCAGCACGCCCAAACACCGCACAUUCCGCACCAUGGCUGCCACGGACGUGGACGCGUUUUCGAACGAAGAGAAGCGCAGCCUCAAUCUGGGUGGCCAUGUUGGAUUUGACAGCCUCCCUGACCAAUUGGUCAGCAAAUCGGUCACACAGGGUUUUUGCUUUAACAUCCUCUGCGUAGGGGAGACGGGCAUUGGCAAGUCGACGCUAAUGAAUACGCUCUUCAACACCAUGUUUGAGAACGAGGAGGCCAGCCACUACCAGAACGGUGUCUACCUGCGCCCGCGGACGUAUGACCUGCAGGAGAGCAAUGUCCACCUCAAACUCACCAUCGUGGACACCGUUGGCUUCGGGGACCAGAUCAACAAAGAUGACAGUUAUAAGCCCAUCGUGGACUACAUCGAUACUCAGUUCGAAAACUACCUGCAGGAAGAGCUGAAGAUCAAACGCUCGCUGUUCAACUACCACGACACCAGAAUCCAUAUCUGCCUGUACUUCAUCGCCCCGACAGGACACUCACUCAAGUCCCUGGACCUGGUGACCAUGAAGAAACUAGACAGCAAGGUCAGUAUCAUUCCAAUCAUUGCCAAAGCUGAUACGAUCUCCAAGAGCGAACUCCACAAGUUCAAAAUCAAGAUUAUGAGUGAGCUUGUGAGCAACGGCGUCCAAAUCUAUCAGUUCCCGACAGAUGACGAAGCCGUCAGCGAGAUUAACUCCUCCAUGAACGCCCAUCUGCCCUUUGCCGUGGUGGGGAGCGUGGAAGAAAUUAAAGUAGGGAACAAAACAGUGCGGGCCAGGCAGUACCCCUGGGGUGUCGUGCAAGUGGAGAACGAGAGCCACUGCGACUUCGUCAAGCUGCGGGAGAUGCUGAUUCGAGUCAAUAUGGAGGAUCUGAGGGAGCAGACGCACGCCCGCCACUACGAGCUGUACCGACGCUGCAAGCUGGAGGAGAUGGGCUUCAAAGACACCGACCCGGACAGCCAGCCCUUCAGUCUUCAGGAGACUUAUGAAGCCAAGAGGAAGGAGUUCUUGGGAGACCUGCAACGAAAAGAGGAAGAAAUGCGACAAAUGUUUGUCAACAAAGUCAAGGAGACCGAAGCAGAGUUGAAAGAGAAGGAGAGAGAGCUGCACGACAAGUUUGAGCAGCUGAAGCGCAUGCACCAGGAGGAGAAGAGAAAAGUGGAGGAGAAGCGGCGGGACCUGGAGGAGGAGAUGAACGCCUUCAACAGGAAGAAGGUGGCCGCCGAGACGCUGUCCCUAUCCCAGCCGCUCAAGAAAGACAAGGACAAGAAAAACAGGUCCGUAAAGACUGAGAACCAAUCGGGCGUGAGUGCCUCCAGCUCCAAGGUGAUGAUGGCCAAGGCCAACGUGGAGCCCUUGAACUGCCAAAGCUGGUGGCAGGCCAUACAGUGCUGCACCUGCUUGGUCCACAGCGCCACCUGGAAGCCCGGAGGCCUCUUCUGACGGCUCAAGGACGGAAUGAGGUGAGGAUGGCCAUAGACCAGCAGGGCGUGGAACUGCGACGAGAGACGAAGGAAAGCCAGACGUUAAGCGCAUGAUGUCAUUGUUGUAUCAGUUAUCUUCCUGGACCUCUCCCGAACAUCAUCUAUGUUGUUAGGCCGGACGAUGAAUCUUUACCAUGCCACACCUUCAGUCUCAUUCACUCACUCGUUUGUAUCGUAUCGUAUGUGCAAAGUGCUUUUCUGUGCUCUGACCAUAGGCGUCACAACCAACCUAAGUCAGGUAUAAAAGGUAACAAAAAAAAAUGCAUUCAGUGGAGUGGACAUUCAUGCAUUCUGGACAUUUACUUGGUCCAAAGAUGGAUAAAGUGAACACCAUCUCUUUAGGAGCUGCUUCAUAAUAAGCCAUGUUCACGCUGUGCUCUUAAGUGGGAUUUUGUGGACCAUUCAAAGGGGUUUUGAUUGAAAAUCUUUAUUAUUUUGGUUGUAUUCUCUAUAUUCCAGAGGUAAAAGCAUCUCAUUGUUGUCAUGGUGAUGUCUGUAACAAAUUAUCCAUAGCUUAUAUUGACAAUGAAAGAAAUCUAGGAAAAUAUAUUGUUCGGUCUCAGUGGAGAGUAUUUAUUUAAAGAUACUUAUUUGAACAGUAUAUUAAAAAAGAAAUGUCUUUAUUUUUAUUAUUUUUUAAAUUAUUAUAUUGCGUCUCUUUAUAUUAAAGUCUUUGUAAUACAGAAAGUGAAGUGUUUGGGAAACACUCUUUGACCCUCAUCAAUAUAAUGCUUCUUUUCCACUUAAAAGUACCUUCUUGCUUUGUUGGUUUUCCACUUCAGUCAUGCGAAACUGCAAAAAACACACCAUUGAACUCAUCACUCUGGAUGAGACACACUCAAAACAAUUUUCCCAUUUACUUCUUACAAGGCGACUACUGUUAUACUGAUGGCAGCAAAGUAUAAUACAGCAGAAACAGGGUAAGCUAACAUCAGUAUGUUUUAUUUUUGUCAUUUCUAGCUGUGUAUUGUUCACAAACUGGCUGUGGCAGUACUAUUUUUUUUUUUUGCAAUGGAAAAAAUAAUCACUAAAGCAGAACAGGUUAGGUACCAUACAGUGGAAAAGGAGCAUUAGUUUAUUCCAGGAUGGGAAAAGUUUCAUUUGUUUUGGCGGGGUUAUGGCUUUAAGAACUACCCAUCAGCACACUGUUGAUUCUUAUAGAGGGAAAGUAGGUUGGAGAGAUUAUCAACUCUUGAGGAUGCACAACUGCAAGAUUAGACUCAUCAGCUAAAGCGGGUAAAUCUGUUUAAACAAUCACCGUCAGAUGUGACGGUAUGCGUGUGAAAAAACUGUGCUGCAAAGAAAAAUAAUCUGGACCAAAUUGAAAAAAAAACAAACAUAGCUCAUGAUGAUCUUACAAUGUGAAUGAAGUCGACGGGCGUGGAGGUGUACAAGUCCCAGUGCAGCUUGUCCAGAAUGAUGCGCUCCAUCCGAAUGAU